GGGAUAUAAUUAGAAACACCACAUUAAUAGCUACAUUUGAUAUAGUUUUUUUUUUAGCAUUUCUUCUACUUGCUCUUUUUUCAUUCAAGCAUUGGAAUUGAUUCUUAGAGGUAUAGAGAAUGAAUAAUUGGGCUCCUCCUCUCAUAGCUGCAGCUUUAUUUUGGCUAUUAUCACCAGGAAUGAUUUUUCAGCUUCCAGGGAAGAAUUCACCAUUGGAGUUUAUGAAUAUGAAGACAACUAUUGCAUCAAUUUUUGUACACACUGUUCUUUAUGGUUUGCUUCUCAUGUUGUUCUUUGUUGUUCUUGAUCUUCAUCUUUAUAUCACUUGAAGUAGAUCAAGUGAUAAUAAUAAUAUAUGUUACUUUUGAUUUUUCCUUUCAUACUUGUUUUCUUGUUCUUGGCUCUUAAAGCUAAUUUCAAGAGUAAUUUGAUUGUUGUUUAUUCUUGGAAAGUGUUAUAUCUAAAUAAAGUAUGUCAUGUUUUCUAGUGAAGUUUAUGUUACUAUAAUGUAAUUUUGUCUUA